AACGGAAUACACUGCUAGGCCAAUAUAAUAAAAAGUCUAGAGUUUGCUAGAUCUAGACCUAGAUCUAGAUUCUACAAUAUUUUAUUUAGCAAAAUGACCAAAAUUGUAUCCGAUUAUUUUGGGAGUACUAAAGAAGGCCUCAAAGUAACAAGAUACACCCUGACUAAUAAAUCAGGAGCCAAUGUUAAAAUUCUGGAUCUUGGUGGUACUAUCACUGAAAUCAAUGUACCAGAUAAAGAUGGAAACUUAGGAGAUGUAACCCUGGGCUUUGAUAAUGUUUCAGAUUAUGAAGAAAAGUUUGGCUACUUUGGUGCAAUCAAUGGAAGGGUAGCCAACAGAAUAGCAGGUGGCCAAUUCACUCUUGAUGGAGUAACAUAUAAUUUGUGUAUAAACUAUGGCCCCAAUGCUCUGCACGGUGGUAAAGUAGGUUUUGACAAGAAAAUCUGGGAAGCCAGUGUGAAAGAGGAUAAAUUAGUCUUGAAAUAUGUUAGUGCUGAUGGUGAAGAGAACUACCCUGGAGAGUUAACUGUCACAGUUGUAUAUGGCUUUGAUGAUGAUAACAAAUUAUCUAUUGAUUACACUGCCACAACUACAAAAGCCACACCCAUCAACCUCAGUAACCACGCCUUCUAUAACAUUGCUGGACACGGCACGGGUCAUCUCAAUGGUCAGACAAUUACAAUGUAUGCUGAGACUUACCUACCUUUAGAUGAACAUACUAUUCCCACAGGAGAAAUAAGACCCGUUGCUGGCACUGAGUAUGAUCUACGUCAACCAGUCGAUUUGGGUGAAAGGGUAAAAAUAGUUUCAGAGGGUCGGGGUUUUGACACCAAUUUCUGUUUGGAUAACAACGGAGCUUUAAAGCUGGCAACCAGAUUUGAACACAAACUGACUGGACGUUUCUUGGAUGUCUACACCACUGAGCCUGGCAUGCAGUUUUACACUUCCUACUUGAUGGCUAACAUGAAGGGUAAGGGCGGAGUUGACUAUGGCCCAUUUGCUGGCUAUGUGUUGGAGGCACAGCACUAUCCUGACAGCGUUAAUAAGCCACAGUUUCCAAACUCUAUUCUACGACCUGGUGAAACAUACACCCAAAAGACAAUUUACCACUUUGGUCUUCUGUAAAAUAUUUGGUGCAGCUGCAUGAUAUGAUAUAGCUUUAAGGUUUUAUAUAUUGAUGCUACAAAUGUUUGAUUGAAACAAUUUAGUCAUUUAGAAUAGUUUUUUUCAUCUACAAUUAUUAAAAAGCAUUAUAUGUUAGUUAUUUUUAUCUCAACUAUUAAAAAAAAUCAGAAAUACAAAUGUCAAAUGUUUUUUUUUUUUGAGAUUUAAAAUGUACUAAAAGUAUUGUUAUUUGUUCUACAACUUUUCUUUGAACAUAUUGUCUUGACAAUGUAGGCUAAAUGUAAUGUGUUUGCAAUUUUUUUUUAAUUUCAUUACUGGUAAGGCAAGAAUUACAAUGUUCACAUUAAUUAUAAUUAUUACAUUAUUUUGAUUACAACCAUCAGCUAUUGAUUAAUUUAUGUAGUAGAUUUUUUCGCUAACUAAAUUUACCUAAAAAUGUACAAGUCACUCAGUUUACAGUGAAACCAGUGUUGUUUUGUUUAUGUCACAUCCUUAGGCCUGCUUCUUAAUUACAGUUAUAAUCAGAAAGCUUUGAAUUGCUCAAUUUGUUGUAAUCAGAAUAAAAUGGGAAACAUUUUUUUUUAGUC